CUGGAAAGAUCACUGUCCGCCUGUGUGAGAUUUGUCUUGCCUUUGACCAGGAGCUGCAGUGUUGGAGUGUUUGACAGUGUCCUGUCCUUGUGUGUAUGUCUCUGGGCCUGUAGGGCUGCAGCAUGGCUGUGUUUGGGGAGCUCCACGGUAGCCCUGGAUGUGAAUGAUGACUGGGUCAGGUAAAGCCCAGACACUAGAGAGCCUGCCUGCCUGCCAGCCUGCCACUUCACCCAGUCAACACUCUGCCUGGGCAACUGGGCCAGCUAUUAAAAGACCUGCCUCUUCGGGACAGCAGUGUGUGAGGAGAGACUGAGCUACACGAGAUAAUUCAACCUUGUUUUAUGUGCCAAUAUCAUGAUUAUAGUCAUGUCCUUUCUGUGUGGGGACUGACAUCUACAUAACGUGUCCUUUCUGUGUGGGGACUGACAUCUACAUAACGUGUCCUUUCUGUGUGGGGACUGACAUCUACAUAACGUGUCCUUUCUGUGUGGGGACUGACAUCUACAUAACUUAUCCUCUUCUGUCCUCUCCCCAUGCUUCAACAUAAUUUGUCCUCCUCUGUCCUCUCCCCAUGCUUCAACAUAACUUGUCCUCUUCUGUCCUCUCCCCAUGCUUCAACAUAACUUGUCCCCUUCUGUCCUCUCCCCAUGCUUCAACAUAACUUGUCCUCUUCUGUCCUCUCUCCAUGCUUCAACAUAACUUGUCCUCUUCUGUCCUCUCCCCAUGCUUCAACAUAACUUGUCCUCUGCUGUCCUCUCACCAUGCUUCAACAUAACUUGUCCUCUUCUGUCCUCUCCCCAUGCUUCAACAUAACUUGUCCUCUUCUGUCCUCUCCCCAUGCUUCAACAUAACUUGUCCUCUUCUAUCCUCUCUCCAUGCUUCAACAUAACUUGUCCUCUGCUGUCCUCUCCCCAUGCUUCAACAUAACUUGUCCUCUUCUGUCCUCUCUCCAUGCUUCAACAUAACUUGUCAUCUUCUGUCCUCUCCCCAUGCUUCAACAUAACUUGUCCUCUUCUGUCCUCUCCCCAUGCUUCAACAUAACUUGUCCUCUUCUGUCCUCUCUCCAUGCUUCAACAUAACUUGUCCUCUUCUGUCCUCUCCCCAUGCUUCAACAUAACUUGUCCUCUUCUGUCCUCUCCCCAUGCUUCAACAUAACUUUACCUCUUCUGUCCUCUCUCCAUGCUUCAACAUAACUUGUCCUCUUCUGUCCUCUCCCCAUGCUUCAACAUAACUUGUCAUCUUCUGUCCUCUCUCCAUGCUUCAACAUAACUUUUCCUCUUCUGUCCUCUCCCCAUGCUUCAACAUAACUUGUCCUCUUCUGUCCUCUCUCCAUGCUUCAACAUAACUUGUCCUCUCUCCAUGCUUCAACAUAAUUUGUCCUCCUCUGUCCUCUCUCCAUGCUUCAACAUAACUUGUCCUCUUCUGUCCUCUCCCCAUGCUUCAACAUAACUUGUCCUCUUCUGUCCUCUCUCCAUGCUUCAACAUAACUUGUCCUCUCUCCAUGCUUCAACAUAACUUGUCCUCCUCUGUCCUCUCCCCAUGCUUCAACAUAACUUGUCCUCUUCUGUCCUCUCCCCACUCUUCAACACCGUUGCUGAACUUUUCUUACUGAUUAGUUGCUGACUGUCUGCGUACAGUAACCAUUCAACUCCCAUAUUUGUAUAUCCAUCCCUUUUCCUGACUGGUAGAAUCAGGGUCAUGUGAUAUUUCACAUGAUUAUUUUAAUACAGGAUGUAGCUAGAUUAGCGAAGGCAUUUACUACUGGGACUCUAAUGUCUAUUUGUGUGGAGAGUUCUUUAGUUUGUCACAUACAGAGGGCAACAGGAGCAGUGUGAGGUGAGUUACAGUAGUCUGAGCUGCCUGCCGGUCCUGCUUUCUCUCUCUGAUGCUACUGGGCUGGGAGGCUCUGGGAGACAGCAAGGCUUUAAAAAGAUUAAUAAAAAAUUGACGGAUGAAUACGGUCAUGCUGAUGAUGAUAAUGACGAUGAUGAGGGGAAAGAGAUGAAACCGGUAGAACUUAGUGUGAUGUAAUCCGGGAGUUUGAUGGUGUAACUGUAAUGAAAAAAGAUGUGUGAAGACAAAAAAAAAACGGAAUUGCUUUUCAAUUCCUUUGAAACUGGGGAUCAAAGAAAAGAGGUGAACUAAGUGGUGGAUGAGAGCUGUAAUCUUCUGUGAGACCAGAACAGCAAUGGAGCAAUUCUCUUCUUUCUCCGGUCAUGCAUUAGGAGUAUUAAAAAAGGCUCAUGGAUACGAGGAAGAGGUGAUGCGCCAGAGGGUUUGUUGUACUGGGAUUUAGAGGAUCAGGUUUGGUGUUGUGGAGGGGAUAGAAAACAUCUUCAUAUCAACUGCCUUGAUCGUUUUGACCCAUAUUUCAUCACACAGACUUUCUCUCACUGUCUGUCCUGUGGUGUUGAACAAAGAGCAGAGCAAGUGGAGUAAUGGAGGAAGUUGAAAUGUUUUCAUAAGAUCCUGCUGUGUUUGAUGCAACUGAAUGUAAAAUAUUGCAGCUGUUUUACCCACUUGUCUUUUUCUUCUCCCUUUCAAAUCAAUUAAUUUGAAUGAAAAUUCAGUCUGUGUUUUGUUGUCAGUGGGGGAGGGGUGCAAUUGGUCAGAAUCCUUUGACUACAGCCAAUAGCAGUGCAGCUCCCACCCUCCACCCCUCCUCCCGGCCCUGCUGAGAUUCCCUGUCUGGCCUGUGAUUGGCUGCUGUGGGACCCUGUCAGCCAGUGGCUGUGAGCGUGUUUAGGGGAGGAGUCAGAUGGCAUAUUAAAACUGGGCUGUCUGCUCUCCUUUCCUUCAGUGUGCUCCUGUGUGCUCGUGUUAAUGUGGAGUGGUAACGUUACAGGGAGUCCUAUCGGUCUGACACAGUCUUCCUCGCUCUGUCUCUCCUCUCCAGGAGCCCUGCUGGAGCAUCACCCCAGGGUACCCCGGGAAUCUGUGGAGCUGCCAGUUGAUCUGCUGCGUUUGAGGAUAGUGGGAGGACUGGACAGACUGAGCAGGAGAUUUAGUCGCUCAGACAGUCUGACAGUUUUCUGCUGUGUGAUUUAGUUAAAGGGACCAACCAGCAGCUGCCACCCCAGGAUAUGCCCCCAUUGGGUCACUGAGCCGGACUGAUGUGUUGUGCGAGCCAUGGUGACUCUUUCCCACAAGUAGCCUUUCAGUGAGGAAGACUGCGAAGAGGACAGACAAUAGACCAGAGGAACGACGUGAAGAAAGGAGGAAGAGCAGCAGCAGAUAAACCACUCCAGAAUGCCUGUAGAGACCCUCCGGCCCUCAGACGGGCGUCUGGCAGGGGUCCCCUUCACCUCAGCCAUGCCUUUCCGUAUCCUCAACAAGGGACCCGGCUACUUCCGGCGGCCCGCGGAGCCCGGAGCUGGUAAGCUGAGUGCGGUGGAGCGUCUGGAGGCGGACAAGGCCAAGUACGUGAAGAGCCAGCAGGUGGUGCUCACCAGGCAGGAGCCUGUCAAACCACCCAUCAUCCGCAAGCCUCUGCUGUCCCCGGGCAUGAUGCUGCAGUGUCGGAUCAACGCCCCCCCGGCCCGCAAGGUGCCCCGGCGGCCUGCCGACUCAGAGAACGGAGGAGGGACAGGAGGGGUAGGGUGGCGGAGGGGACCACCUCUUAACCUGGAGAUCCUCAACAACCUCAUCAACAAUGUGUGUGAUGGACCCCUUCUCUGCUCCCCAUCUUCUGUCCCCUCCUCGCCCUCCACCUCCUCUCCUUCAUCUGGGGGGAACAGCAUGGGGAAUGGACUCUCAGCUGACCAGGAGAGGAGCAAUCGAGUCCUGAGCAACCUUAAACCGGUUAAUAACUGCAACACCUCCUCCUCCACCACCUCCUCCUCUUCCACCUCCUCUCCCCUCAACAACAACAACAGCCAGACCUGCCCUGCCGAGCCCAGCCACCGGCCGCCCCCUGUCCCAGCACGGGGCAUCAGGGUGGGGGUGCCAGCGCCCUACAGCUCUCCUAACUCAGUGACGGUGCGCAGGGUGGAUGUGAGGCCCCAGGCUGAGCCGAGGAAGCCCCAGAGGACCCGGUUUCAGCCUCAGAUCAACCCCAGACAAACUUCCCAGCCCCAGGUGGCUCAGGCCCCAUCACCACCACCCUCACAGCCGGCCAAGCCCCAGCCCCUCACUCCCACCCGGGCUUUGCCCUCUCCCCCAACCUACCUGCCUCCCAGCCCCAUGCUGAUCCGGGCGGACAUGAUGCCCCCAGCCUCCCCUGCUUUCACCCGCCUGUCCUCAGCCAGCUCCAGGGGGUCUCGGCCCGGCUCGGCCCGGAAACACCCCUCCCUACACCGCUCCAAGUCUGACCUGAGCGACCGGUACUCACGAGCCACAGCCGACCUGGAGCGCUUCUUCAACUACUGUGGGCUGCACCCAGAGGAAGUAGAGGGCAUGGGGGGAGUGGAGCGCUUCGCCAGGGCCAGCUCAGACAUUGUGUCUGUGUCCAAGCUGCGGAGCGCCAGCACCCCCAGCUCUGAGUGUGAGCAGGCGCGGGAACAAGGGGAGGUGGAGGGCGAGGAGGGUCCUGCUCGACCCGGGGAGCGUGUCCCCUACGGAAUCUCAAUCAUCGAGAGGAACGCUCGUGUCAUCAAGUGGCUGUAUGGGAUCCGGCAGGCGCGGGACGCUGUGUCCAACGUUUAGAGGAAAGAGACAGAAGGGGGAGGCUCUGGAAUUAUACCCAGACCUAGAGGAAAGAGACAGGAGGGGGAGGCUCUGGAAUGAUACCCAGGCCUAGAGGAAAGAGACAGAAGGGGGAGGCUCUGGAAUGAUACCCAGACCUAGAGGAAAGAGACAGAAGGGGGAGGCUCUGGAAUGAUACCCAGGCCUAGAGGAAAGAGACAGAAGGAGGAGGCUCUGGAAUGAUACCCAGGCCUAGAGGAAAGAGACAGGGGGGGGAGGCUCUGGAAUGAUACCCAGGCCUAGAGGAAAGAGACAGGAGGGGGAGGCUCUGGAAUGAUACCCAGACCUAGAGGAAAGAGACAGGAGGGGGAGGCUCUGGAAUGAUACCCAGACCUAGAGGAAAGAGACAGGAGGGGGAGGCUCUGGAAUGAUACCCAGACCUAGAGGAAAGAGACAGGAGGGGGAGGCUCUGGAAUGAUACCCAGACCUAGAGGAAAGAGACAGGAGGGGGAGGCUCUGGAAUGAUACCCAGGCCUAGAGGAAAGAGACAGAAGGGGGAGGCUCUGGAAUGAUACCCAGGCCUAGAGGAAAGAGACAGGAGGGGGAGGCUCUGGAAUGAUACCCAAGACUAACACAGGUUGUUUUUUAUUUAUUGAUAAAUCCCACAGACAAUUGAGGGGUAGAUAUUUUCCUGGAGGACAUUGUUAUUCUGUAUUGUGUUGCCUUACGGCAUGUAUAGUAUCAUUUCUUAGAAGAGAAGAAGGACCAGAAAUCACACUCCUCUCUAAACAAAUAUUCAAAGCAAUAAUGGCAGUGGUAGAAAUGAUGGAAUGCUGAGGAUGAUGGUGAUGUUGACCAGAUGCUCUGGUUCCUGCUGUCACUGUCUGUCUGAAAUACAGGUACUUCGGAGGCUGUGUUUAGAGUCCAGGCCCUGUUCUCUCUGCACAGGGGUCCAGGGCCCUGUUCUCUCUGCACAGGGGUCCAGGGGGAGGCUCUGGAAUGAUACCCAGACCUAGAGGAAAGAGACAGAAGGGGGAGGCUCUGGAAUGAUACCCAGGCCUAGAGGAAAGAGACAGAAGGGGGAGGCUCUGGAAUGAUACCCAGGCCUAUUAUACCCAGGCCUGUUCUGUCUGCACAGGGGUCCAGGGCCCUGUUCUGUCUGCACAGUGGUCCAGGGCCCUGUUCUGUCUGCACAGGGGUCCAAGGCCCUGUUCUGUCUGCUCAGGGGUCCAGGACCCUGUUCUGAAUUUACAGAAUCUAAUGAUGCAAGAAAAGGCUCUGGGUGUUCCACAGCUCCCACACGUGUGUGUGUGUGUGUGUGUGUGUGUGUGUGUGUGUGUGUGUGUGUGUGUGUGUGUGUGUGUGUGUGUGUGUGUGUGUGUGUGUGUGUGUGUGUGUGUGUGUGUGUGUGUGUGUGUGUGUGUGUGUGUGUGUGUGUGUGUGUGUGUGUGUGUGUGUGUGUGUGUGUGUGUGGAGCAAGAAAGACUAGAACUUCAUUGAUACUGUGAAACAUGAAAGCUUCCAUUAAAAUAACCUGUUUUACUUUCUUGUAACCUUGGCUGUAAGACUGUUAAUUAAUACCGUUGCUGUCAAGCAUGCAAGUGAAAGUUAAUGUGUCCUCAUCUCAACAAAGCACGAUCACCUAUACUCACGACUCACAGUUGAAACAGACGUGUUCAGGUCAGUGAUAGAGUAUGGUCAAUCGCUGUGUAUUGUGUCUGCGUUUUCUGUACCGCAAUUGAGUCUCUAAUCAAACAUGUCAGCAUUGGUCAAGUUAGUCUCUGUUUAUUCAGGGAACAAGGUAUCUGUCUGGGCACGGAUGACAAAGAGAGUCUUGUGAUGAGUGGAUGGUUGAGAUAAGUGUAGGUUGGAUGAGUAGGGUGCUGUCUGGGGUUCUAGGAGAGACACACACGGCUCAAUGGAAGAGGGAUCAGGACGGUAGGUCUAGUGAGACAGGUUGAUACAGGAAGUAGUUUUUAUACAGGUUGAUACAGGAAGUAGUUUUUAUACAGGUUGAUACAGGAAGUAGUUUUUAUACAGGUUGAUACAGGAAGUAGUUUUUAUACAGGUUGAUACAGGAAAGAGUGUGAGACAGAUUGAUACAGGAAAGAAUGUGAGACAGAUUGAUACAGGAAAGAGUGUGAGACAGAUUGAUACAGGAAAGAGUGUGAGACAGAUUGAUACAGGAAAGAGUGUGAGACAGAUUGAUACAGGAAAGAGUGUGAGACAGAUUGACACAGGAAAGAAUGUGAGACAGAUUGAUACAGGAAAGAGUGUGAGACAGAUUGACACAGGAAAGAGUGUGAGACAGAUUGAUACAGGAAAGAGUGUGAGACAGAUUGAUACAGGAAAGAGUGUGAGACAGAUUGACACAGGAAAGAGUGUGAGACAGAUUGACACAGGAAAAGUGAAUUAUCUCAAAAGGGAACAGGUGUUCUAGAAGGUUCUGCGUGUACUCGACAUAGUCUACUGAAAUGGACCGAUAUUUAUUUUUAAAGUGUAAUUUGAAGUUACAAACUAUUGUAAUAUUCAACAACCAGUGCAUAGCGUAAAAAAUGUGUACAAAAGUGCAAUCUGAUCGUAUCUAUGUGAACAUGCACACACACACACACACACACACACACACACACACACAACAACACACUGUCAGCCAGCCACACAACAUGAGUGUGAAUGUUGUGAAGUGCGUGUGAUGAUAGUAUAAUAUGCACUCUGCUCUGUGGGAAAGAAAAGGAGGAAAGACUAUUUAUUUAUUCGACUGGUCAUGGUCACCUAAUAAUCCCCAGUUUACAAUUGGCUCAUUCAUCCCCCUCCUCUCCCCUGUAACUAUUCCCCAGGUCGUUGCUGCAAAUGAGAACGUGUUCUCAGUCAACUUACCUGGUAAAAUAACGGUAAAAUAAAUAAAAUAAAUAAAUAAAUUUAUUCGACUCCCUGUUCCUCUCAGGGGAGACAGACGGAGGGCUCAGCCAUGGUUUGGUCUGGUGUUAUGAUGAUGUGGGUCUGGGCCUGGUGUGUGAUGAUGUGGGUCUGGGUCUGGUGUUAUGAUGAUGUGGGUCUGGGCCUGGUGUGUGAUGAUGUACUGUUGAGUUCAACAUUUUCCGGCUGCCCAAAGAAAAGUCAAGCUAUCCUUAUGCUGCAACAUGGUGUCUUUCUUAACAUGUCAAUAAAGAAUAAUGUUUUCUUUGUUGAAAAAAAGUA